UGACACCAGAUGAAGCGCAUAGAGGAACAGCUGAAAAAGAACAACAAAGCCGCGACGACGACGGUAAAAACAACAGAUAAGCGUCUGAAAUACACUUAAAACAUCGGUGACAUCCUAUCUGGUGGGGACAUUGUGUGCCUCUUAAACAACUUGUAAAGUAACUCCCAGAGAAUUGACGAUGGGGCGCAUCUUCCUGGACCACAUUGGCGGCACCCGCCUCUUCUCCUGUGCCAACUGUGACACCAUCCUGACCAACAGGUCUGAGCUCAUCUCAACACGCUUCACAGGAGCCACAGGCAGAGCUUUCCUCUUCAACAAGGUGGUGAACCUCCAGUACAGCGAGGUGCAGGACAGAGUGAUGCUAACCGGCAGACACAUGGUGAGGGACGUCAGCUGCAAGAACUGCAACAGCAAGCUGGGUUGGAUCUAUGAGUUUGCUACUGAGGACAGUCAGCGGUACAAGGAGGGUCGUGUCAUCCUGGAGAGGGCGCUGGUUAGGGAGAGUGAGGGCUUUGAGGAGCACGUACCCUCAGACAACUCAUGAGCCCCCUUGUGUGAGGAUUUCACUCCCAUGCCCUCCUAUCCCUCUCCUGUAAUCCCUUUGCCUCUGCGCUGUGCACCAUCACCUGCAGACUUAAUGGUCGGAGAAGUUUUGGCUUCAACCCCUCCCUGUCUCUGGCUUCCACAUUAGAACUGUGCUGAUUCGAAGAUUGGAUUGCUGGCUCUUCUCCUGCUAAACAGGCUUUCCCAAAAAUACUUCCUGAAUAACGUCUCACAGGGCACCAACCCCAAAACAGCUGGGCACACAAAUAUAUAGUCACUUGAUGCACAGCAAAUCACCGCCUCACAUGCUCCACACAUUUUCAUACUGUAUGGUGGUUAAAAACAUGCAUGAUAACACACGUGGCCAGUCACACAGAAAACAUCACCGAGUUGUUUUGUUUAUUUGGAUUUCUGGAGGCAGUAGAGCUGAGUAUGUUCACCAUCCAGACAGGGGCAGCCCGCUCCACUCAGCGGUGUUCAAUGAACCGAUGGAGGUGUCACUCUACAUAUUGCUUCUGUGUUGUGACCUUUUGUCUCAAUGUAUUUGUCACUGGUGAGCACUGAAUGCAAUUAAGCUCAUGAUAGUUGUUAUUUCUACAUCAGUCACCUUUUUAUUAGCUAGUAGUUAAAUAAAUGUUAAUGUUUAAUGAUAUGUUCAUGUUCGAAUUAUACCGUAAGGAUCGCACAGACUGAUGUCAUUUUUAGGUAUUCAUUGUGUGGUUAUAAUAGACGUUUUUUAAAUUUUUUUUUAGAUCUGGCUCACAUGAUGUGCAUAAAUCUUGAUUGACAUGAUAUUCUUGACAUUUACCCAACGUGGCUUUAAGGUUACAGUUCAUAAUUGGAGAUAACCUCAUGAAUAGCAGACAAUCAUUUAAUUGAUCCUGCAAUUUGAUUUAUUUUUGCCAUUCUCCAUCUGUUACCAUUUGCCUGUGUGGUGUGACGAGCAACAUGUCACUUUGGUGACUUAUGAGGAGUGUGUACCCUGCAGCCAUGUGUCUUCAGUGUGACAGAGGAGGGAUGUGUCUGAGACAUGAUGGAGACAUCCUCUGGCUGCCUGCCGGAGUAAGGACAGGAUUUCAAGAGGAUUGGUCAUGCAAGCGUUUGAAAGUAGCCAACACAGGGAGACAAUGUGAGACUUAAAGACAGCCUCUGGAAAAUAAGAAACAGCAGACAGUCUCUUCUCGGUGAAUACGUUGCUGGAAAAUGUUAAAUCAAGCCUGGGUCUGACUAAUCCAUUUAUUUACACAGUUGACGCUAAUUCUGUCUCCUAGAGUUGAACUACUUUCAGGAUAGUGACCCCUCUUCUUUUUAUAAUCCUAGGCUGAGAGCAUAUUUGGUCAUAAGAUUACUUGUUUCUUACACACAGGACAAGUUUUAAUGGAGUUUUAGUCAAAGUUAAGCUUUGGUCCUCUGACUAUGCCAGAGCCUACAUUUUAUAUCGUCCGUUCCCUGCAAUAUAAAUGUCAAAUUGUAAAAAAACAACCAAAAACAAAAUUGUUAUCUUCAUGACAUUUGAAGUUAUUUUUGGAGUGGGUUGUAGCACAGCAUCAUGGCCCCGGUGUGACAUUGUGCCAUUUCAGUGUGCAUGCCUGCAGGCGUUACCGGAAUGCUCCAGCUUUCACCAACCGCGUUGUUAUUGUCACCUUUUCAAAGUCGAACAAGACAGGGCGAGUGGUCAUUUCUACAAAAAAAUCACACAAUCCUUAUCCGUAAAAUCAAUGCAGUGUAUAGUCAAUGGCUGUGACAGAAUAUUAUCUUUUUGGUGUUCACUUUUACCAUUUUAUUGAUAGUGAAUUUUGUAUUUGCUUUGUGAUUAUUAUUUUAUUGACAUUUAUCUUACUGUAUAUUUUCUCUAUUGGAGGUUUUCUUGUAUGGCGUUUGCAAGGGUUUUCUUUGAUGUUAUUUCUAAAUAAACAUUUAGUCUUGCUGGGUAAACAAA